AUGGCAGGAGCCAUCUUCAUCACGGUAUUUGGAAAUCUUGCCAUGAUAGUUUCCAUUUCCUACUUCAAGCAACUUCACACACCAACCAACUUCCUCAUCCUCUCCAUGGCUGUCACUGACUUCCUCCUGGGCUUUGCUAUCAUGCCAUAUAGUAUGAUCAGAUCGGUAGAGAAUUGUUGGUAUUUUGGGAUUAUAUUUUGCAAGAUUCACUAUAGUUUUGACCUGAUGCUAAGCAUCACAUCCAUUUUUCAUCUAUGCUCAGUGGCCAUGGAUAGGUUCUAUGCUAUCUGCUAUCCUUUACAAUAUUCCACCAAAAUCACUAUUCCAGUCAUUAAAUGGUUGCUGCUUCUGUGCUGGUCAGUUCCUGGAGCAUUUGCCUUUGGGGUGGUUUUCUCUGAAGCCUAUGCUGAUGGAAUAGAAGGCUAUGACAUCUUGGUCGCUUGUUCUAGUUCCUGCCCAGUUAUGUUUAACAAGCUAUGGGGAACCACCUUGUUUAUGGCUGGUUUCUUCACUCCUGGGUCUAUCAUGGUGGGAAUUUAUGGCAAAAUUUUUGCGGUAUCCAGAAAGCACACUCGUGCCAUCAAUACCUUAUCAGAAAAUCAAAGCAGUCAAAUGAGGAAAGACAAAAAAGCAGCCAAAACUUUAGGAAUAGUAAUGGGUGUUUUCUUGUUUUGUUGGUUUCCCUGUUUUUUCACAAUUUUACUGGAUCCUUUUUUGAACUUUUCUACUCCUGUAGCUCUGUUUGAUGCCUUGACAUGGUUUGGUUAUUUUAACUCAACAUGUAAUCCCCUAAUAUAUGGUUUUUUCUAUCCUUGGUUUCGCAGAGCACUUAAGUAUAUUUUGCUAGGCAAAAUUUUCAGCUCACAUUUCCAUAAUACUGAUUUGUUUACUCAAAAAUAG